AUGGUUCCUCAACUUCACCAGAAGCCUCCCUUCCGCGCAGAGCACCUAGGCUCUCUUCUUCGUCCAAAGAAGCUGUUGGACGUCAAGAUUGCCUAUGAGAAAGGCGAGGUUCCAGAGGCCGAUCUAAAAGCUGUCGAGGACAAGGAAAUCACCGAUGUCGUCGCGACACAGAAGAAGCUUGGGUACUCGGCCAUCUCGGAUGGCGAGUAUCGCCGUCAUAUGUUCUGGGGUACGUUCUUCCCCGGCUUAGAGGGAUUCGAAGAAAUCACCGACUUUGAGGUCGACAUUUUCCGUAAAUAUGCUCCGGAUAUUUCCGCCUUCUUAGAAGCAGGCCAUAAGCCCGGUGAAACGGUGAUCUGCACAGGCAAAAUUAAGCACGUUGGCAGUACCUACAUCGACCAAUUCAAAUAUCUCACCACUCAAGUGCCCCCGAACGAGGUCAAGAACUUGAAGAUCACUCUUGCCGCUCCAAACUGGUACCACUUCCGAUACGUCGAGGGCAAGGCCUACCCCAAGUCUGUGUACAGCUCCGACGAGGAGUAUUUCGCAGACAUUGCCAGGGCCUACCAGGUCGAAUUGAAGAUCCUGUACGAUGCAGGCUGCCGCAACGUACAAUUCGACGACCCCAACCUUGCCUACUUCUGCUCCGAGAAAUUCCUUACCGGAUUCAAGGAGGACAAGCUGAACUUGUACACCGCCGACGACCUGUUCGAGAAGUAUAUCAAGCUAUACAACGACAUCUUCACCGGGUUGCCCGUAGACCUACACGUUGGCGUGCACCUGUGCCGCGGCAACUUCGUCGGCAGCCGACACUUCUCGGAGGGCGGCUAUGAUCGCAUCGCCGUCAAGCUGUUCCGGGAGUUAAACGCACACACCUACUAUCUGGAGUACGACAACGAGCGUUCCGGAGGCUUUGAGCCUCUGAAGCACCUGCCGCCGCACAAGAACGUUAUUCUUGGAGUCGUCACCAGCAAGUUCGCCGCCUUAGAGGACAAGGAAGAGAUGAAGAAGCGGGUGAUCAAGGCCGCGGAGUUCAUUGCCGAGGGAAACGGUGUGCCUUUGGAAACUGCCUUGAACCAGGUGGGCGUGAGCCCCCAGUGCGGGUUUGCUUCUCAUCGCGAGGGAAAUGCUAUUGACUGGGACGGCAUGAUCAAUAAGCUGAAGCUGGUGCGGGAAAUUGCCGAUGACAUCUGGCCUAACCAGCCUUGA